AUUUGCUUGGACCGACGCGGGCACCUCCAGCAUGGACGCGAUCAUCCCUGCAGCGAGUGAAGACCCUCAGCCGCCGUCCACGCAAUCGCUGCCACCGGCAUCUCCCUCGCCACCAGCCAAGGACGAGAAGCGAUGGCUCGAACCCGACGAACACCACGGCGAACACAUUGCAAUCGUGAGCUACCCGCGCAGCGGCAACUCGCUCAUGCGUGGCCUGCUUGAAACCAUCACGGGCGUGUACACAGGUUGCGACACACGGCCGGACCGGUCGUUGAGUCUGGAAUUGCUCAAAGGUGGCAUGAAAGGCGAGGGCGUCGUCGACGAUCGCGUGUGGUUUGUCAAGUCGCAUUACCCGGAACGAUCCGGCUACGUGCCGGUGGCCGUCCAGAAAGCCAUCCUCGUUGUGCGCAACCCAUGGGACGCGAUCAACUCGUACUUCAACAUGACGCUGACCAACUCACACAACAAAAGCGUCCACGACUCGAUGUACUGUCGGUUCGCCACACGAUGGGAUGCAAUGAUUCAGAACGAGAUUCAAAUCUGGAUGAAGUUUCACGCAUACUGGAUUGCCAAAGUCGACAUUCCGAUUCAAAUUGUGCGCUACGAAGACCUGCUCCUGCAUCGAAAGGAGACAAUGCAUCGAGUACUCAAGUUUGUCCUGAACAAAGACCCCAAGUCGUCACUUGACGGCACGGAAUGGAUGGACCGCAUUGAGUCCAUCCUGACAGCAGACGACUCGUCCACGGGGCCAUACAAGCCUCGCAGUGGCAAGAUCGCGAGCUCGUUCCGGCACUACUCCCCUGAACAGUUCCAGCACGUCUUGGACGUAGCACGUGUCCACCUGCGCAACUUUGGCUAUGACACUGAGACGCAAGGGUUUCCACAUGACGUUCGACUGCCCAGUCGGCAACUACGGCCUGCCAAAGCAGGGGGUAAGUCGGUCUGGGUACUCUCUGGUGACAAGUUGGAGCUGCGCCACCGCAGCGACACGUUCGGGCGACUCUCGACGUGGUUUCGAAAAGACCUGACGGAUCCCAUCCUUGCCAGCGACGGCACCGAGCUCAACAUGCAUGAAGUCGAAGCUGCAAGGGAGCGAGCGCGGGCAGCGGCUGCAAACGACGGCGACCUCGACCUCGCCCACCACGAUCGAAUGGCGUCGAGUUGAUCUAUCGUCGAGUCGACAAGCAAAGUUGUCGUUAGCCGAGAAAAGCGAUCUUUCGGAGUUCAGCCAAUGGCAUCUCUGGCAUUUCAUUGGACGUCGUUUGAUUGGCUAAAAUUCAGGACAUGUUAACAUUCCACCAAUAAUGUCGCAAGAAAUUUUGGGAAUCG